ACUCUGGCUCUUACUCUGUGGCGAAUGCACUGGCUGUCAUCACAAAGAGGUGUUGGACAAUUCAUCACAGACGUCCCUUCUCCGUUUGUCGACUCUUCUCCACAAGUGAGUGUGUGGAAGAUGAUGAGGCCAAAAGAUCUACGCCAGGGAUCUGGUACCAAAACCUUCCUAGAUGCAAUGCACAGCGGUAAAGUCCACCUCGCACGCUUCAUCCUGGAUGCCUUGGAUGGACGCAUCAUCAACUCAAAAACUGAGAAUAGUCGCACCCCGCUUAUGUAUGCUGUAUGCCUGCAAGACCCUGGGACCAGAACCAAGUUCACGCAGCUGCUGCUGGAGAAAGGGGCAAAUGUCAAUUGUCAGGAUGAGGAUGGCCGCACAGCCCUGAGCCAUGCCUGUGAGGUGGGUCACUUGGACGUCAUCAAACUUUUGGUGCAGUUCAGUGCCGACCCAGAUGUCACUGAUGCUUGGGGAAACAGUGCCCUCAUGUACGCUGCCUUUUCUGGACAUAGUCAGGUGCUGGAGUUCCUGGUGAGGGCUUUCAAAAGACUGGGGCUGGGGUUAGACAGGACCAACAAUGCUGGACACUCAGCUAAAGAAAUAGCCAACUUUUUUGGGCACAACCAGUGCGUCCAGAUAUUGAAUUUUCCUUGCAGAAAGGGUGUUUGCAGAGAUGAUCCACCUGUUGAUGAGUUAAAAGCUGUUGAAGUAGAGCGCCGCCUUCCAAAUAGGCUUCCGAGGCAUGUUCUUGAGAGGUUUUCCAAGCAAUCAACAGAUGAAGAGCAACUGCCAGAUGUGUUUCAGGGACAGAGAAAAACAGGAGAAAGCACUGGACUGCGGAGUCGCUUCAGGUGUCCCAGGAGUCAGUCUCAAGAGUAUAAUCACUGCAACAGCUGGGUUCUGCCUCCUCAGAUAGAGAAAAGCCCAACUGAGGAGGAUCAAAGCAUUCUCAUCACAGCCAAACAGCUGCAAAACUGCCAGAUUAGAGAGUUAAAGGGGUCAAAAUUAAUGAACUUUGUUCCUGAGCAAAGCCAGAGAGACAUCAGUCGAGAUGUUCGCCUUCCAGAGCAAAAGCAAGAGAUUUUUCCUCUCUGGGGAAAGGCAAAAUCGUUUAACCUGGACCUUCUGAGCAGCAGAAAGCAGUCUUAUCAGGGUGAUGUACGUGACAUGAGGCUGUCAGCCAGCAAAUCAAAGAGAGCCUCGCUACAGGAUGACAGAUGCCUGAUAGACAAGAUUGAAUGUCAAGGGAAACCCCCAGCUCUGAUAAAUGAAGGCAGCAAAAUUGCUUCAGCACCAAAACCUUUUUUGAACAGCAUGGCUCAGCCUGGGAAAGCCCUCCCAGAGAAACUCAAAUCUGAAAAAGAAGAAGCUAACGAGAGGGCAACAUUAAGCCGAAGAGGGCAACAGAAGAGAGGAAGCCUCGGCUCAGUGUCCCGACACAACAAACUCCUUUUCCCCAGGGAGGAGAUUGAGUCGGAGAAGUUCCCGAGCCAUACCCCGGGGUUCAUGGGCCUGGGGACCAGACUGCUGCGUCGGUUCACUGCUCCAGAGUUUAUGAGGAUGGUGAUCGACUGUUCCUCUGGCUCCUCAAACGGAAGAGGUCGAAUGUCUCGCUCUGAAACCUACCCUCUGUCAAACACACACCAGCAGGUCAACAGUCAGCCGAGCGUUGACAGCAUCAGCGCUGUGAAGUGUGAGUUUGAAAGCUACUCGUCUCAGUCUACAAUAUGA